CGUCUCGAUUUCCCUGGCACGCAGUUCUAGAAACAUCGAGUAUACUUUCGCAAAAGCGAAGUUUUCUUUAAAUAAAGUUCUCGGCACAGCGUUAGAGUCCGAAUAAUGUCCGAAAGCGAUUGGGACACGGUAACGGUAUUGCGUAAAAAGGCCCCGAAAGCGUCUACAUUGAAGACUGAAACGGCCGUUAACCAAGCCCGGCGACAAGGCAUACCCGUAGAAACCACUCAGAAAUUCAAUGCUGGAACUAACAAACAACAUGCGGCAACAAAAAAUACAGCUAAAUUGGAUCGUGAGACUGAUGAACUCCGUCACAAGACAGUCAAUGCAUCCGUAGCCAAGCUGAUCAUGCAGGGUCGCCAGGCAAAAGGUCUUAGUCAAAAGGAUCUGGCUACAAAAAUCUGUGAGAAGCCACAAAUCGUGAAUGAUUAUGAGGCUGGUCGAGGAAUUCCCAACAAUUUGAUUUUGGGGAAAAUAGAACGGGUGAUCGGAAUGAAACUGCGUGGAAAAGAAAUUGGCACUCCCCUUGUGCCUCCCGGUAAGAAAUGAAUGUCGGGAGGCACAAGCUUUACGAUACAAGUUUGCCAUAAAGGUAUGACUGCUGAAAUAUCUAUUGCAUUGAAAUAAUAUUUCCUGUUGGACGAAGGAUAGAGAAACUGCAAUUCAUCUUUUACUCAAGUCACAAGCACAUUGUUGUCCCUCUCGAGUAAAUAUAUAAUUUGGCUUCCAUCCAACUAUCGUUUUCAACUGGAAUAAACUCACCCAAUAUUAUGA